AGCUGUCAGCCAAUCGGCAUUUGCAAAGCGUCCUAAGCUGACGUCAGCCCGGUACCGAUGAACAACCGGUAGCGUUGAAGAGAGCUGUGUGGUAGCCCGUUGUUUGUAGCUUUGUCCGCUCAUCCCCCCCUGUCUAACGUGCAAACAUCAUGCCUUUCGAUGUAAGGAGAUUCGAUAUCUACAGGAAAGUGCCAAAAGAUCUCACCCAGCCCACAUACACGGGAGCUUUCAUUUCCAUCCUCUGCUGUGUCUUCAUACUCUUCCUGUUCCUGUCUGAGCUGACGGGAUUCAUAGCCACAGAAAUUGUAAAUGAACUGUAUGUGGAUGAUCCUGAUAAAGACAGUGGUGGGAAGAUAGAAGUGAGUUUAAACAUCAGUUUGCCAAACUUACACUGUGAUUUGGUGGGUUUGGACAUCCAGGAUGAGAUGGGCCGCCACGAGGUCGGUCACAUAGACAACUCCAUGAAGAUCCCUCUCAACCAGGGUGACGGUUGUCGCUUUGAGGGAGAGUUCACCAUCAACAAAGUGCCAGGAAACUUCCAUGUGUCGACACACAGCGCUACAGCGCAACCCCAAAGCCCAGACAUGACCCACAACAUCCACAAGCUGGCCUUUGGAGAAAAGCUCCAGGUACAAAAAGUACAAGGCGCCUUCAAUGCGUUAGGAGGGGCUGACAGGCUGUCAUCUAAUCCUCUGGCCUCACAUGACUACAUACUGAAGAUCGUUCCAACAGUGUAUGAGGACCUAUCAGGCAAACAGAGGUUCUCCUACCAGUACACGGUAGCCAAUAAGGAGUACGUUGCUUACAGCCACACGGGCAGGAUCAUCCCGGCCAUCUGGUUCCGAUACGACCUCAGUCCAAUCACAGUCAAGUACACAGAGAGGAGACAGCCCUUCUACCGCUUCAUCACGACAAUCUGUGCCAUCGUCGGUGGGACGUUCACAGUCGCAGGAAUCAUCGACUCCUGUAUAUUCACCGCUUCAGAGGCCUGGAAGAAGAUCCAGAUUGGGAAAAUGUCAUGAGGACCGCUCCCCACUCCUCCCUACAUCGUAUUUAUAUAAGUGCAAAGUUGUUAGCCUGUUAGCUAAAUCCAGUCCUGCUCGAACCCACUUCCUUUUGGAGAUUCUAUCAGCGUGAUCAGUGACGUAGCUCCGGCACUCGAUCUAACUACCAGGCUGCACGGCUGCGUCUCGGUUUCUUAAGCUCCACUCGGGGCUCAAUCUGCCGUGGUGACGCCUCUGACUAUCACAUGUCUGCUUCCUCCGUCUUCAGUGUCUUCUUCAGUCUUUUGUUACUGUGGAGAUGAAGAACUGCGUGGCAGGGUUCAACCUGUAUGGGUAUUUGAAGGCUGCACCUGUGUUUUUUUUU